AUGUCCAGUAAAUUAUAUCAAGGGAUAUUCAUUCCAUACUCUGGUAGGCCAGAAGAAGUAGAAUUAAAUAUCGAAUCUGGUGGUAUUCGACAGAAAUUAAAUUGUGAACUUACCGACAAUGUCACUCUUCGGGUAAAGGAUUACAAACUAUGCCUAUUUUGUGAUGAUGUCGGCAUUCGAAAACGUUUGCCCGUGAACCCUUUGGCUACUCGUUUAGUAUGUAGUCUUUUCGGAAACACUACAUAUCCUUUGCCAGUAAUAGGAAAUAUCCUCCUGUUGGAUGAUGAAAAAAACCUAACCAUUAAAGACCUUAGUUCACUACUAAAAGCGCCUACGGAUAUACCUCAUACAGAAGAAAUUGCAAAUUGUUUAAUAGCAGAUCUCUUUCAAGUAAAAGUUCCAUACGAGGUCUCGUUCAAAAAAGAAUUCAGUGUAAUUCACAUUGUAUGCCGUGAAGUAUCCGGAAAAGAAAAUGUGUCACAACUAAAACCGACUAUUCAACGAAUAUGUUAUCUUGGAGACGACAUGGAAUCACUUUCUAUUGAUAAUGAUUAUUGGAAUUAUAUAGUAGUUCAGGUUAAAAAUAUUGAUCGUAUUAAAACGACAGAAUCAAAAAAGCUUUUAAAACCUUUUCGCGUCGUUAUUGAUGGAAAAGAGUCGGUUUUUCAAGAUGAAUCGAUUAUUAACAAAAAAAUUAGUAAUAUUCUUAGUAUGUUAUUACUAUCAGCCGAAGAAGUUACGUAUUCGGAACAUGGGUAUAAAAAUGAUAUUACUACAAAUUUAGUUGAAAAAAUCGAUGAGUCAAGAAAUAAAUUUGAUAAAUCAAGUUUGAAACAAGUAGAUUAUUAA